AUGCCGACGCUCGUCGUCCUCGCCUGCGCGCGCUCGGGCGCGGCGAAGAUCGCGCUCGAGUGCGCCCGGGCGUGCGACGCCGGCGUCGACGGACGCGUGGCGAAGACGCUCCAUAAGUACGAAGAGGACGCGAAGUGGCUUGCAGGGAGCAGAGGCGAAGCGACUAUUAAGUGCGACGAGAUCGCGUCGACGCGGGCGUUGGCGACGGGCGUGAUGGCGACAGAGAACACUAGGGACGUUGUGGCGAUUCCCGUGCGCUCGGAGGCGUUCGGGAAGGUAUGGCGGGCGCUGGAGGCGCGCGGCGUCGCCGCGGAGUGCGCGGCGGCGGCGGAGGCUUGGGACGAGGAGCCGAGAACUGGAUCGAAGGUGAACGCGAAAGAUUGGGAGCGACGACGCCGUAGGGAAGUGGCGAUCGAGUCGUUGGGUGAUCCCGGGGAUCGAGACAACGUGCCCGCGCUGUCUGAGUGCGAGAAGACGUGGCGCAGACACGGAGGCGGUGGCCAACAAGUUUCGACAAAGACGCACCGAGAGUGUGAGGCGUGGGUUAGGGAGGGGGCGUCUAUUUUUUAUGAUCUACAGGUCAAUGGCCCCGUCAUAAUGAAUGGACUUUUGGACGCGUGUUCGGGGAGGUGGACGUUCGAGCGCGUGCGAGAGCUGUGCGAUGGCGACGCAGUGGUGGACGUACACGUGUGCCCGCAUGACACGGUGGAUUUGGCGGGACAUCGCGCACCGGGGACGCCGAGAAACUUUGAGUUUCGGAAGAUGUCGUUUGGUGAGUUCUUUGAUCGCGUUCGCGGCGUCGGCUCGUACGAUCCCGUGAUCGAGCGAGGCGAAAGGUAUUAUCUCCGAAGCGUGGACGGAAAGUCGGCAACAGAUUUAAGACGAACGCAUCCAGCGCUCGCGGCAGAGCUCAGAAUCGAAAAAUACACACAACACUUGAAGGAUGGGAACUUUCACAGUUCGGUGCUUAGGAUAAGCUCAGCCGAUACGACGCUCUGGACGCAUUACGACACACACGAUAACUUGCUUGUGCAGGUGAUUGGCUCGAAGACGGUGACGCUGUUUCCUCCCGAGGCGGACCAGUUCAUGUACGUCGAGGGCUCGAGUUCGCGCGUAUUUAACGUCAGAAAUGAGCCGAGUGAAGAAGAUCGGCGAACAUUCCCUCUCUUCUACGCGCACGCGCAAUCGAUGGGGACGACGGUUUCGCUCCAGCAGGGUGAUGCGCUCUGGAUCCCGGCGUAUUGGUUUCAUCACGUCGUCUCGGACUGCGGUGAAGCACCUUCUGUGGCGGUGAACACAUUUUGGCGUAGUACCGCUCUUGCUACAUUUGGAGAGUACGACGCCAAGGAUAUUUAUGGCAACAAGGAAUUGAACUCGGGAAAAGAAGCGUGUGAUUUGGCACUUCGCGCGGGCGAAGCGCUUCGUCAUUUGCCCUUUCGGAUAAAGUGUUUUUACGCGCGACGCGCCAUCAAGUUGCUCGCGAAUCAAACGUCCAGUCGCAUCACCUCCGAGUGGUAG